AUGGAGAACCAAGAUGGGACUCAGUCUCUUCGGGCUCCAAAAUGUUCACGUUGCCGAAAUCAUGGCUUUGUGGUACCGGUCAAGGGUCAUGCUGGUCACUGCAGGUGGAAGCAAUGCCCAUGUGAGAAAUGCUCUCUCAUCACUGAACGCCAGAAGAUCAUGGCUGCGCAGAAGGCCUUAAAAAGACAAGGACCAGAUUCACCAUCUAGAGACACCUUGCCUCCCACUCAGGGUAGGCCCAGUGAAGAAGGGGCAGCCAUUGCUAGCAGUAAGAAGGGCCUAAAAAUGAAUUCCUCAGAGUCUUCCACUCAUGGGUCAGUUGUGCAUGAGGGAAUUAAAGUGACUUCAGCAGUUAGCUCCAGUACCAGAACAGCGAGUAAUCCAACACCACCUAAACCGAGCUCUCCGACCUUCAUAGAUUUAGACCAUCCCAAUUUGUCUCAAGAAUGUAUUGCUGUGUGUCCAGAAUUUGGGGAGAGGGACCCUCCCAAAAUGUAUCCUGGUUACUCUGGGAUGUAUCCUUAUCAUCCAUUUUCAAUGGGAUUCACUAUCAAUCAACCAGCUUACAGAGGCCCAUCUCCUGCGCCUGUUUUGCCUCUACAAACAAGUUUCAGACACUUUUCCAGCAAUCAUGGCCCAAGUAGUGUUCCUGCUUCUAUACCACUACAGGACACAGGUGGGGAUUUCCGGCCAGGAUACUAUACUCCACUCUCACCCUUUAUACCCCGAGGCUUUCUGCCAGGGAUUCACUACCUUCCACCACCUCUCCAGCUCAACCUUGUGACUGAAGCUACAAAGGAAACCUCUGUUUCCACGGAAGACAGCCAGGAUUCUGCAGUUAUAUGUAAUCCCAGCCAAACAUCUCAAGAAGAUGUCUCUGAAGAUUGUUCUUCAUAUAAUGAACAGUAA